AUGGCUUUGGACACGAAAAACCGCUUUGACUACGUCCUGGUCCUCGAUCGAAACAUCAAACAGUCCCAGUUUUUCAACGAUGUGUUGGAAUAUCUCAGCUAUUUGCAAGCCCGCGGAGUCGUGGUGGAGUUACGGACCGGAAAUAUCACCACGCAAAAUCUCUACGUCCUGCUCCAUAUCACAGACGAGUCUGUUAGAAAUUUUGCCAGUAUUUAUGACGUCAAUGUGGAAGAUGCCGGUCAUCGCUAUAUUGCCGUUUCUUCGUUGAAUUUGAAGAUAACUCGGACGCCGCUUUCGCGUAAAAAUGAUAUUUUUGAACGGAAAAGCAUGACUGCGACUAAUACCGAACGCAUUUUGAUUCUUUAUGGGAUGUUGUCAGAAGCGAGGUUUGAUAGCAAUGAGGAGUACAAAUAUGGGUACAAUAAGUUGAUAAAUAUGGGGGCUGUUAAGGACGUUUUUCCGUUACAUGACGGGUCGUAUGAGAUAAGGGGGGACAUGAAGGACGAGGAGAUGAACGACAGACAAUUGUUGCUGAAAUACUGGGCGAACUUCUCCCUGUGGUACAAAGAGCAACCCCUAAAUCUCAUCGAAAAAUACUACGGAACGGAAGUUGCAUUCUACUUUGCUUGGCUUGGAUUUUACAACAUGAUGCUAAUCCCUGCAUCAAUUGUCGGCGUAAUUUGUUUCAUCAUCAGUAUAAUCAACGUGAAAACUAUUCGUUACGAUACAAUAGAAGAUAUCUGCUCAAGCGAACUCAAAAUGUGUCCAAGAUGUUCAUUUGGCCACAGUUGUGUUUCACAACCGUUGAAACUCGAAUGUGAAGCUGCUUCAGUGUUUGCCGUUUUUGAUAAUUACGUCACGAUCUUUUUUGCCGUAUUUAUGUCUUUUUGGGCAACAUUGUUUAUGAAUUUGUGGACGCGAUUCGAAAACGUUUUAAAAAUCAGAUGGAACGUUACCACGUCAACUAUUGUUGCCAAAACACAAACAAGACUGCCAUAUAAAGAAAAGGCCACUCACAAAAGAAUCUCUUCAGUCACCGGAAAAUUGGAGCAUUACACACCCACCCGAAUUCAAAUUGCAUAUUACUUUCUGUCUUUUGGCGCUUGUUUACUUUUGGUCGGUGUUGUGCUUUUGGCAGUGCUUGGUGUAAUUUUCUACAGAAUAGUGAUGGCAGCUUUGAUCGUAAUGAGCAAUUCCUUAUUCCUGCGAAGUUAUACUGCAUUGUUUGAAGCUUGCACAAGCUCGUUGCUACAAGUGAUUUUUAUCAAAAUUUAUGGAAAGUUUUAUGCACCUCUUUCCGAAUGGUUGACGAACAUGGAAAAUCCAAGAACGCAGGUUGAGUUUGAUAAUUCAGUCGUGCACAAGCGAUACAUUUUGGGUUUUGCGAAUAAUUACGCCUCGUUGUUCUAUAUGGCGUUUUUUAAAAGUCGGUUUUAUUCACCGUCUCAUACUGGAGUUAUUAGUUUGAAAACGGAUCUUUGUCCUUCGAGUGGUUGUGUGAUGCCUCUCUGUGUCCAACUCUUUGUUUUGAUGCUUCUGAAAUCAAUGUUUGGAAAUAUUUUAACACUUGUUGUUCCGAUAGUCACUCGACGCUUUAGAAAAACUGUGGUAACAAACGCAGCUGCGCCCCAGUGGGAGAAAGAAUUUGGUUUAUAUCCAGCUGGUCGUUACUUACUCACUACCGAAUUUAUGGAAAUGAUCAUUCAAUACGGUUUUGUCACGUUUUUUGUGGCAGCUUUUCCCCUUGCACCACUUUGCGCUUUGAUUAAUAAUUUUAUGGAAUUGCGUUUGGAUGCAUUUAAGUUGGUAACAAGAUACAGAAGACCGGUGCCUAAAAAAAUGUCGGGGAUCGGUCCCUGGAAGAAACUUUUGGGAACGAUCACUCACUUGAGUGUUGCGACUAAUGCCUUUGUCUUGUCGUUCACUACCGAUGUUGUGCCACGGGAGAUUUACAGAUUUCGGCACAAAACACUGAAAGGUUACGUUGAAUCGACCUUGUCCAUUUACGAUAUGAAAGACAAUAAAAGACUGGAGGCCAGUGAUCUCGAAGGCAUGUUCAUGGAAAGCAAUUCCACCUGGUGCUACUACAGGGCGUCUCGUUAUCCGCCAGAUCACCCGAAAAAAUACAAACUAACCAAUGCGUUUUGGUACGAAAUUGGGCUUCGACUCUUCUGUGUCAUAGUUUUUGAGCAUCUGAUUAUGUUGACUAAUGGUAUUUUGGCAUAUUUUAUACCGCCAGUUCCCAAAAAAAUCAAACGCUCGAUUUAUUACGAAAAUAGGAAACAUCGAAAUCAAGUUUUGGACGCAAUGCACGAAAAGGUGAAUGCGAUGCGACGGAAGGACGUAAAACCGAAGACCAAAAUUAUUAGAGAAGAGUAAAUUAGUUUGUGUUAAUGUUGUUACUUUGUGUUUCAUAAUAAAAGUUAUGGGUUCAGUUUCACCUUUUAAAAUCGGA